AUGGGGCCACAAAGGGCCACACUGUUCCUCCUCGCCCCAACAAAUAUGGCUGAACACCACAACAGCAAUGUUACCUGUGAGGUCAGCUUCAGAAAAAACAUCACUGCAGAGGAGACUGUGACUCUUAAUGUGACCUUCUAUCCAAAGAUCCUAAAUGGCUCAAAGUGUGAGGUUCAGUCGGGGGUCCUGACCUGCGUGUGCAUCAGUAAGGGGAUUCCUUUACCCUACAUCAUAUGGCCGCUGUUGAAUAACCACUCUGAGUACUCCGUCAUCACCACUGUGUCACACCAAACUAUCCACAGCACCCUAACUGUAAAGGACCACAGCAACACUGUUGUUGAGUGUGUCGGACGCAGCAAAGUUGGGGAAGUUCAACACACCAUCCCUGUUAUAACUUCACAGAAGCGAGAAGCAAAUCAACAUGGACCAAGUGCACAGCUUCCCUGGGUUCUCGUUGCUGCUGUUUCUCUUUUUAUAAAUGUCAUCAGCAUAAUCCUCAUCAUGUUCCUUUGGCACACAAGAAAAAAGGUGAAACCAAACCAAGAAGACAGAACCUACAUGUCAAUCAAGAAAACAGACGUGUCAUCUGAUUAUGAAGUUAUCGCCCAGCCUCUGAACUAACCAGCUUUACCUGAGUGUAGUAGAGGAUGAUUUUGAUCGUAUCGUCAAAAGUGCAAUAUUGUAUUAGUUUCAAAUGUCGACAUUCUUUUCAUUGAACUGCCACUUAUAUUUUGUGUUUUUACAGUAUAUUAUAUAUAUAAUACCUUGUUAAAUUCAACAUGUAUAUUUU